CUGGAACAUAGAAAACAAAACUAAAACCAAGAAAGGUAAAAUAAGCCUAUAAGGAAAAAGAGAGAGAGCAAACAUUGACUUCACUUACAAAUGGCGCCAUCCUCGUCAGAGACAGAAAACAGAGCAGCAGAUACCAGAGGACGCAAAGGACGGAGCGAGGAGAUGGUGUCGAUGGACACUGAGUUUCAGUUUGUGAGGAUGGCUGAGGAAAAGGUUCUCGCAGUGACAGCAGAGAGGACUGAACAACCAUGGGGAUGUCCUUACUACCACAGAAUCACAGUCUGGCAAAGGCAAUGUGCUUUUUACUACAGUAAAAACAAGCAAACAAAAACAAACAAACAAAACGGUGCUCUUCUGUGUUAACCAAUGAAACGUGCAAUGUCGCCAGCACACGCCAGCAGAGGGGGAAAGGUCUGAACCUGACAGGAAGCGCUGAGUCAAACUGUUCCCGCAGCCACGUCUGGCCUCGUCAAGGCAUCGUCAAGGCAUCAUCCACAUACCUGCACCUCCAUAGAGAUUCAGAGACUUCAACCGUCACCCAGCCAGCUCUUCUACCCCCUGUAGGUGAUCCUAGGAAUCAUGGCCAAGUCUCUCUGAUGUAUGACUCUGACAGAGAAUCCCAUCACAGAAGCACACUGACGCUCAGAAAGGCCCUGGGGUGAGAAGGAGGAGCCUUGGCCAGCCGCUUUCAACAUAGUAUCGGUAGUGUCAACACAGUAACAAUACAUACUACCUACUGACUGGAUCCAUCUUUCAGGAAGCCUUACCUUGAGGAAUUAUCCACCUAAAAGACUACCUGCACUUCACAGCGAUAUAGAAGGUCCACGACUUCCUUCCAUCAGAUCCUCUCCUCUCCUCUUUUCUCUUUUCUCUCCCCUCAUUUGUGUGAAGCAGAAGGAAUCCUCCGGAGGAGGGUUCAACCCGUUCAUUAUCUUGUCUUCUUACUACACAACUGUGAGGAGAAACGGUUGUAUAAGGCAUCUCCUCAGCCUGUGGUGAGUUAUUACAACAACGUGAAGGAAAACAACAGAAAGCUUGUAUUUUUAAGUUACUCUGGGAGGGUAGAGGCCUUGGAAACACAAUGAGACUCAUCGGCAGCUUCUAUACACUUUGUAACAUCAUGAUGUCAACAGAAGCCUGGGCCCCAAGGCCGACAGGUGGAAGCGAACUGAUCUCCAACUGCUCCAACAUGGCUUUAAGGAAAGUUCCCCAAGAUGUGACCCCAGCCACGACCAUACUGGAUUUAUCCUACAACCUCCUCUAUCAGUUCCAGAGCUCAGAUUUCUACUCCUUCUCCAAACUGCGUUUUCUGAUCCUGUGCCACAACAGGAUACAACAGCUGGACACCAGGAUCUUUGACCUUAACAAGGAGUUAAGCUAUUUAGAUUUGUCUUACAAUAGAUUAAAGACCAUCAUUUGGUCUUCCUUGGCAGAUCUCAGACAUUUAGAUCUUUCUUUUAACGACUUUGACACCCUGCCUGCCUGUGAGGAGAUUGGCAACCUGGCACAUCUGGAAACCUUGGGUUUGAGCGGGGCGAAGAUACAAAGAUCAGAUCUCCAGAAAAUUGCUCAUUUGCGUCUCAGCACUGUGCUGUUAGGGCUGAGGACUCUGUCUCACUAUGAAGAAGGCAGCCUGCCCGUCCUAAACACCACAGUGCUCCACAUCGUUUUACCAAUGAACACAAAUUUCUGGCUGCUUCUGUGCGAUGGAAUGAAGACGUCAAAAAUAGUAGAAAUCUCAAAUAUAGAUGGCAGGAGCCAGUUUAUACGUUACGAGACUCCGAGAACUCUUUCUGUGGAGAAUACCAAGGCAUCCACUCUGAUACUCCAUCAAGUUGACUUGCUCUGGGACGACCUUCUCGACGUUUUCCAGUUUGUGUGGCAGACAUCAGUGGAAUGCUUCCAGAUUCGCGACCUGACUUUUGGAGGGAUGGUUAACCGUGACCACGGUUCAUUUGACUACUCAAAUACUGCAAUGAAAACUAUAAUCUUGGAGAACAUACAUUUCAGAAUCUUCUUUAUUCCCCAGGCUACGAUCUACUUGUUUUUCACCCUAAUGGACUUAGAAAACCUGACGAUAUCGGAUGCACAAAUGCCACAUCUGCUCUUCCCUAGUCACCCCCAAAGUUUCCAACAUUUAAAUUUUGCCAAUAACAUCUUAACAGAUGACCUGUUUAAAAACCCUAUCCAGCUGCCUUAUUUGAAAACUCUCGUUUUGAGGGGCAACAAACUGGAGACUCUUUCUCUGGUGAGUCUCUUUGCCAACCACACGUCCUUGCUUCUCUUGGAUCUGAGCCAGAACCUGUUGCAACAUAGAAACCAGGAGGACUGCAUGUGGCCGGACACCUUGAUCCUUUUGAACUUGUCGUCCAAUAAAUUUGAUGGCUCUGUUUUCCAAUGUUUGCCUAAAAGUAUCCAAACACUUGAUCUGAACAAUAACAAAAUUCGAGCAGUCCCUAAAGAGAUUACCCACCUAACGUCUUUACGAGAGCUAAGUAUUGCUUUUAAUUUUCUGACUGACCUCCCUGGGUGCAAUCACUUUGCACAGCUUUCUAUUCUGAACGUUGAAAUGAAUUUAAUUUUCAGCCCAUCUCUGGAUUUUUCCCAGAGCUGCCAGGAGGUGAAGACUCUAAGUGCAGGAAGAAAUCCAUUCCGGUGUACCUGUGAAUUAAGAGAUUUCAUUUGGCUUGAAAAACAUUCCAAGGGCCUGCUGGCUGGAUGGCCGGACUCAUAUGCCUGUGAGUCCCCUUUGAGUCUAAAGGGGACUCUGCUAAAAGAUGUUUAUCUUCCUGAAUUAGCUUGCAACACAACUAUGCUGAUUGUCACCAUUGCGCUGGUUAUGCUGAUUCUGGGUUUGAUUGUAGCGUUCUGCAUACUUCACUUUGACAUACGCUGGUAUCUCAGGAUGCUGAUCCAGUGCGUACGGACACAGCAUAGGGUUAGGAAGACAAUUCGAGAGCAGCGUAAGAGGAGUGUCCAGUUCCAUGCAUUUAUCUCCUAUGCUGCACCGGAUUCAGUCUGGGUGAAGAACGAACUGAUUCCCAAUUUAGAGACAGAAGAUGGCCCUGUCUUGCUCUGCCUUCCUGAGAGAAACUUUGACCCUGACAGGAGCACUGCUGAAAAUAUUAUCAGCUGCACUGAGAAGAGCUAUAAGUCCAUCCUCGUGCUGUCGCCUGACUUCGUCCAGGACGGGUGGUGCCAUUAUGAGCUCCAUCUCGCCCAUCACAGUCCCUUCGGUGACAGUUACGAUGACGUCAUUCCCGUCUUACUGGAACCCAUCCCCUCCUAUUGUAUUCCUACCAGGUUUCCUAAGCUGAAGGCUCUUUUGGAAAAGAAAGUAUACUUAGAGUGGCCCAAGGACAGGCGCAAACGUGGGCUUUUUUGGGCAAACCUUCGAGCUUCUAUUAAUGUUAAUCUAUCAGACACAAGGGGAAGGUGUGAGCUACAGACAUUCACAAAGCCUAGUCAGGAAUUCCAGGGUUCUACCAUCUCUCUGGUAAGAACAGACAGCUUCUAAAAUCCACCAUGCCCACAUUGAUUGUUGAAAGAGAAAUGGAUAUAACCUUUAAGAUGAUGGCUUUGUAAUAUCAAUCAAUUAAAAUAAAAAUGGUUGCCGGGUGGUUGUGGCGCACGCCUGUAAUCCCAGCACUCUGGGAGGCAGAGGCAGGAGGAUUUCUGAGUUCGAGGCCAGCCUGGUCUACAGAGUGAGUUUCAGGACAGCCAGGGCUAUACAGAGAAAUCCAUCUGGAAAAAACCAAAGCCAAAAAGCCAAAAAAUAAAGUAAAAUAAAAUAAAAUAAAAUAAAAUAAAAUAAAAUAAAAUAAAUAAAUAAAAAUGGUUAAUCCCUUGACUUCUUAGACAAGAAUGUCCUCAUGAGCAAGUUUGUAAAGGUUUAUGUAAAUAGUGGUGAUGAUUUGUUCAUGAUUUUAAGCGCAUCUUUAAUAUCCACAGAACAAGAAUUAAUGCCAAUGUAACAGAACAAUGCAUUGCCAUUAAAAAGAAUGGUGUGGAGACACAGAUUAUA